AUGCACCCUUUCUCCUCGUUGACGAUAUUCAUCUUUGUUGCGGGAUACAUUACUGCGCGCUGGGACCUUGUUACCAGACUCUACGAAUUGGCAUUCUUCGCUUGGGACCACGGUGUGUUUGCCCGAGCAGCAAAGGCUUUCGCCGUCAUCUCACUCAUCUACGCCUGUCUUGCGAUUCCCCUCGAUCGCCUUGCCGCCCACGAAGCCUCAGUCCAUCCUCGAUUCCUCGUACACGGAAUUUCUGCUCAGGAGCAACUGCGGCGAAGGGGAUCGUUCUGA